CUACACAUUGACAUAGUAUGGGCGAGGAGGUGCGUGGAGUGUGGUUGGAUGCUCACAUUGACCUCCCUGUUGCGCUGGGGUAUUGCUAAAAACUAGAGGGAGGCGCACCAUCUGAAGUAUUUCGUCACAAUGAAGAAGGAUCGCCCGCUCGCUCUUGCUGUGACCAUUCUUUCCUUGUUCUUAAUCAUCCUUUAUGUGAUUUCUGACAAUGACAAAAUAAAAUUUAGUCAGAUCCCAACUCCGGAUCUGGUUCGUCGGAUCCAAGUCCCAGAUCUGGCUUGUCCGAUCCCUUCCUUGUCCAACAGGACCCUUCCAAAAACAGCUUUGGCCAGUUAUCCUGGAUCAGGCAACACGUGGAUGCGACACCUUCUCCAAGAACUCACAGGAAUCUACACCGGAGCAAUCUACAAGAAUAAAAAGUUGAUGGAGAAUGGCUUCCCUGGCGAAGGUCGAACAGACGGCACAGUGGUUGCGAUAAAGACACAUGCGUCAGUCUCUACCAUCUACAAGCGAGCCAUUUUAAUCAUCCGGAACCCGUAUGAAUCAUUUCUUGCUGAAUUCACCCGUCAACAUUCUGGGCAAACUGGGCAAGGAAACCUCGAUCACUUCAAAGGAAUCUUAACCGGAUCAAUCUACAAGGAUAAAAAGUUGAUGGAGAAUGGCUUCCCUGGCGAAGGUCGAAAAGACGGCACAGUGGUUGCGAUAAAGACACAUGCGUCAGUCUCUACCAUCUACAAGCGAGCUAUUUUAAUCAUCCGGAACCCGUAUGGGGCGUUUCUUGCUGAGUUCGCCCGUCAACAUUCUGGGCACACUGGGCAAGGAAACCUCGAUCACUUCAAAGACUGGAAAACCUAUAUAGAAAUGUCAAUAGGUGAUUACCGGUCCUUCUUCACUUCAUGGUUGCAUCAUAGGGAUGUCCUUCCAGUUUUCUUUGACGCACUGAAAUCCAACUUAACACGCGAGCUCAACAGGCUGUCCUCAUUCUUGAAGAAGGCAGGCGUUGAAGGAAAGCCACAGUGUGCUUUACGGAACUCGGAGGGGAACUUUCAUAGAAAUUCAACAAGCGUGUCACUCACCUUCUUCUACAAUAACGAUCAGAGAAAGACAAUAAAUGGCCUCAUAUCCCAAAUUGAGGGUAUGUUUUCGAAAAGAUUUGUAAAUAUGACAUCACCUAUGGAAAAUUGGAAAAUGUACAUAACGCCAGAAAAAGUCAAGAAUAAUAAAAGUUAA